CAGAGCCAGCAGUGAAAGCAAAGGCCCGUCAGCUCGAAGGAAUACGGCGCCCAGGCCGGGGUGGGCCGGUUCCUAGGGAGCCGCGGCGGCGGCGACGUCUGGGGAAGGAGGGAGCCGGAGCAGGCAGAGAGGCUGGGAGACAGACGGGCUGACGGACAAGCGGCCGCCUCCCAGUCCUAGCCCGGCGCCGCCACCCCCGCCGCUGCCCAGAUGGGCCCGCGGGCAGCGCCAUGAAGCGGGCAUGUGCCUGGACUGCGGCCCCAGCGAGCCGGGGCGGGAGCUGGGGCGGGAGCAGCGCGGGGCCAGAGCAAAGAAAGCUCAGAGAAAAGGACUUGCUAGAACAAUGCUAAGGCUGGCGAGGUGAGGAGGAGCUGGUGGGAAGCCUGAGGGAGCGGCUAAGAACAGGUGAUUGGAGGAGCUGAUCCCGAAAAGAUAGGCAGGCUGCGGGAAGAAGAGUCUGCCCCUGGUAUCCCACGGACUUGGCGAAGCCCAUCCAAGCCUGGAGGGGAGGCACUUCCAAUCCAGGCCUUGGGAGGGGCUGAGGGAGUACCGGCACCAUGGCGACCAAUUUUAAUGACAUUGUCAAGCAAGGCUACGUGAAGAUGAAAAGCAGGAAACUCGGGAUCUAUCGAAGGUGCUGGCUGGUUUUCCGAAAGUCUUCUAGCAAAGGGCCUCAGAGGCUGGAAAAGUAUCCUGACGAGAAGUCUGUGUGUCUUCGAGGUUGCCCCAAGGUGACUGAGAUCAGCAACGUGAAAUGUGUCACUAGGCUCCCUAAGGAAACAAAGCGACAGGCCGUGGCCAUUAUCUUUACUGAUGACUCAGCUCGAACCUUUACCUGUGACUCUGAGCUGGAAGCUGAGGAGUGGUAUAAGACACUGUCUGUGGAAUGCUUAGGGGCCCGUCUCAAUGACAUCAGUCUGGGAGAGCCAGACCUCCUGGCUCCAGGAGUACAAUGUGAACAGACAGAUCGAUUUAAUGUCUUCCUGUUGCCCUGCCCCAAUCUGGACGUCUAUGGUGAAUGCAAACUACAGAUCACCCAUGAGAAUAUCUACCUCUGGGACAUGCACAAUCCCCGUGUAAAGCUCAUCUCAUGGCCACUUUGCUCUCUGCGCCGCUAUGGCCGGGAUGCCACACGCUUCACAUUUGAGGCUGGCAGGAUGUGUGAUGCAGGUGAAGGGCUCUACACAUUCCAGACACAGGAGGGGGAGCAGAUCUACCAGCGAGUCCAUAGUGCCACCCUGGCAAUCGCUGAGCAGCACAAACGGGUCCUCCUGGAGAUGGAGAAGAAUGUGAGGCUGCUAAACAAAGGUACUGAGCACUACUCCUACCCAUGCACACCGACCACCAUGCUGCCCCGGAGUGCCUACUGGCAUCACAUCACUGGGUCCCAGAACAUCGCCGAGACUUCCAGCUAUACUGGGGAAGCAUAUGGGGCUGCUCAGGCAAGUUCCGAGAAUGACCUUCUCAACAGAUUUAUCCUGCUGAAGCCAAAGGCUGGGACAGGAGAGAGCAAGGAGGCCAAAACUGCUUCCCAGUGAUGCUGAAAUGGCUCGUCAUCCCGAGGGAGGGAUUGGCAACGCACUGAAGGCUCCUUCCUUCCUGGCCCCUCUCCUCUCACACUUCUCCCUGCAGGGGCAGAUGGCCCAGGACCCUGCCCUAUAGAAGGAGCCUGGAGAAAGCGAGUGGGAUAGAUGCCCUUUCCUCAGCUGAGGGACGGGCAAGGCCCAAGGAGAGGGCCCAUUCACUUCACCAGAGCAUGCAUGAGGGGCUAGAGCAACCAAGAGACUGUAUAUGGUUAUGAUUUUAAUAUAUAUUGUUAUAUAAUUCUAUAUUAAUGGGAUUUCCCCCUUUAUCUUUGCCCUCCCCACCCACAAAUGCAACUUUAACAUCUGGUGACCAGUGGUUGGUGUCUUUGGAGCAGCUGCUCUCCUGUUGUCUGUGGAAAAGCCCCUCAGAUCCUAGAACCUGGAAGGACUCUGGUAGGGGGAUUUGAAUUCAAGCAAAAGCAGGCAUCUAGGAGUUUGGCUGUCCCUGAGCAGGCCCAGGCAGAGGCCAGGAAGCAGCUGCUAGCCCUAGAACUCCCAUCCAGGGUCCUAGUAGGAUGGCACAGGAAGAUGAAUCUGAGUUGUGCCAGCAGCAAGUUUUAUACUGUGACACAUCUGGUGACAUCUUUCUAAACUGCAAUUUCUGCACAAACCCCUUCCU